CUAAGUUUCGAAUAAUAUACACGUGCAUGUUGCCGCCACAGCUAUUUGCGGUUAUUCCAGUUAAUAUGGAUAAUACGGAAAAUGGUGAUUUAAUUACAAGCGAAUCAAGUGAGAAUUGCAUCAACAAUGGAGAAAAUUCACAAGAAUUGCAAGAGGAAAUCGAAAAUACUUUGCAUGGCGACGAGGAACAACGAGAAAAAUUAUUACAGUUACCUCUUGGAAGAAUUAAAACAAUUAUCAAAGCAGAUCCGGAAGUUAACCUUGUUAAUCAAGAGGCUGUAUUCUUAAUAGCAAAAUCAACGGAACUUUUUAUCGACUCGCUUGUGAAGGAAGCCUAUAAAUACACUAUGCAAGCAAAAAAAAAGACUGUUCAAAAACGUGACAUAGAAACUGCAGUUAACAAAGUUGAUGCACUUGUAUUUCUGGAAGGUACAAUGGAUUAGUUAUAUUAUUAUGCAAUUAAUAUUUGUUAUAGAAUUCGAAUGAAUAUAUU